AUGGCAAGAACAAAACAAACAGCAAGAAAAACCACCUCAGCAGGAAAAACCCCAAAGAAGCACUUGGCAACUAAAGCGGCUAAGAAAGUUUCAGCCACCACCACCUCAGGUGUAAAGAAGCCACACAGAUUUAGACCAGGAACUGUGGCUUUGAGAGAAAUUAGAAAGUACCAGAAGAGCACUGAGCUUCUCGUGAGAAAACUUCCAUUCCAAAGAUUAGUCAGAGAAAUUGCCCAAGAAUACAAGACCGAUUUGAGAUUCCAAAGUUCUGCAGUCCUCGCUUUACAAGAAGCCGCAGAAGCCUAUUUGGUUGGACUUUUCGAAGAUACUAACCUUUGCGCAAUCCACGGAAAGAGAGUAACAAUCAUGCCAAGAGAUAUGCAGUUAGCAAGAAGAAUUAGAGGAGAAAGAUCUUAA